AUGACAGUCACCUUUUCGUCAGGCUGCGGUCCCAGCCCUACCGUUACUACUCUCGCACCUAUAGCUGGAUGGGAUUCAUGCUAUCUUAAUUUUGUCGUCACUGAACUGUCCUGCACCAUAACCUUUGACAAUGUUUUUGCUCCAUGCCAAUGUGACGCUUCUGGUAACUGUUCAGGAGUUUCAACGGGUGGUACCUCCCUGACUGGUACGCCUCAAUCUUUACUUUGUAACGGCCAGCCGAUUCCAUUCCCAUCCACUGGCAACGUUGAUAUUGCUAUUUCCGGAUCGUGCACAUACAAGAAAGCAGGAUCUGCUACUACAAAUACUAGUGCUGGAAUUACACUGACCAAGUCAAACAUGCUAAUUGCCGUUAGUUUAGUGCUUUGCGCUGUUAUCGGUGGCAUUUGA